UCGAGUCAGUCGAUUCAAUUAAACCGGUAGUUCGCUGACGUCAUCCAGUCACCUCUAACAACCGAAAGGAAGAAUCGAGGGGAACCGACGCGCGUAAUUUUCGGCAACCGUUCGUUUCUCGCGGAACACGGCGACGUCUCGUUUUCGCGCCCGCUCGUCGGGCUCUUCCGCGAAUCAACGCCAAGCUGCCCCACCCGCGCGUGGAGCACCGAGUGCGAUUCGAACCGACUGAAUCGAGACGCGCCGAUGCGUCGCCGAUCGGAAAAUAGGAGAUCGCGCGGGAGCCUUCCUCGACUUCGGCGCGAGCUGUCUCGAAGCUGUUAGUUCGUACCAGUUUCUACGACGCGGUGCGACCGACCCGUUCGACCGAGCCUGGGGUCGCGCGCGACGGACACUUUUCCCCCGAGCCGAGGACCCGUUUUUCCCCGUCUCGCGCGAUUACAUACAAGAUCAAUCAGCGUGAAGCGAGAGAGAGAGAGACAGACAGACAGAGAGAGAGAGAGAGAGAGAGCGAGAGCGCGCGCUCGCGCGCCGCCCGUCAAUUAACGUGGGAGACGAGCAUCGCGGGCCUGACAUGCCGCGCGAUUAACGCGAUUGACGAGGCGAGGAUGGUGCGUGCCGUCGCGGCGGCGCGGCAGCCCCUGUGACCGUACGUGGCGCGCACCACACGCGGGGCGUCGUCGUACCCGGACCUCGGGGCUCGGACAUGAGAUUCAAUGACAGGGAGCUCGCGGAGGCGAGCUUCGGACCCGCGGACCUGGAGGGACGUCUGAAUCACAAGCGGGCCCCUAAGUCAGUGUUUAAAGAGAAGUGGUUCAAGCUGCGGUACAAUCUGCUGUUUUACUUCAACAUCAACGACCUGGGGCAGAUCGACAGGAGGCAGCCGGCUGGUGUCAUCGUUCUAGAGAAUUGCAGUAUAAAUAUAGAUAAUUCAUCCGAGGGGGCGUUUGCCUUCAGCAUCUCGUUCCGCGACGAGCUGGACAAGCGGCACAUACUGAGCGGCCGGUCCGAGUCCCAGGUCGAACAGUGGGUCAGCGCGCUUAAGCAGGCGAGCUACGGGUACUGGAGAUCUCGCCUGAUCACGCUGCAAGAAAGACUGUGCAAGGAAACGGGGAAGGACCCGUUGCUCAUGUAUCCUAGAAAUCAGGGUGUGGUGCGGGACGAGGCCUGGGAGCCGGCCACCAGCUUCAGAUCUCACGUACGUUCUCUCACAACGUCGGUCGCGCCUACAUUGAACACGAUAACGAGGGACGUUAAUCUCAUAGACCUUUAAUAUAGGAGGACAAUAUUAGAUUAGUUAAAUUAAAGUUCAAGUUUGUUAAAUUUCAUUUCCAAAAACGGUGGCUUCGCAAAACUUAUAUAUUUUCAAGGGACACGUGCAUAUAUAUGUGCACUAGGAAUCACUGAUACCUUCCCACGUGAAUUUGUGCACACAUCACACGAAAACGAGCAUCUACAUGAAAAAUGUGUGUUCUACAAGCCUAAAUUCAUAUGGGAGGGCAUCGGUGAUUCCUGGUGUACACAUAAUCAAUGUAAAAAAGAAAAAAAUACAUAAAACAUUUUACAAUAUUAAAAUAUCAUGUCACAUAUAUUUAAGGCACGUAUAUUACAAGUACAAUGCCAUUUUUGUAAGACAUGAAUACAUGUUUACUUUUUGGCUUUCAUAUAUUUUGUUAUUUGGUUAUUAGGAUUCUUCUGGUUUCCGUGAUUAUCCAAAUCUGCUUUGGUACCGGGUUUAUAUUUUGGGUUAUUAGGAUUCUUCUGGUUUCCGUGAUUAUUCAAAUCUGCUUUGGUACCGGUCUUCCUUCCCACGUGAAUUUGUGCACACAUCACACGAAAACGAGCAUCUACAUGAAAAAUGUGUGUGUUCUACAAGCCUAAAUUCAUAUGGGAAGACAUCGGUGAUUCCUGGUGUACACAUAAUCAAUGUAAAAAAGAAAAAAAUACAUAAAACAUUUUACAAUAUUAAAAUAUCAUGUCACAUAUAUUUAAGGCACGUAUAUUACAAGUACAAUGCCAUUUUUGUAAGACAUGAAUACAUGUUUACUUUUUGGCUUUCAUAUAUUUUGUUAUUUGGUUAUUAGGAUUCUUCUGGUUUCCGUGAUUAUCCAAAUCUGCUUUGGUACCGGGUUUAUAUUUUGGGUUAUUAGGAUUCUUCUGGUUUCCGUGAUUAUUCAAAUCUGCUUUGGUACCGGUCUUGCGCAAAACUGCCACGAACGAGUAAAUUUUAGGAUGUAGGUCCACAAUAUAUAUGUACGAGCUUUAAUAAUUUAUACAUUAAAUCAAUGAUGUAAGAUAAUACACAUAUAAAGUUUACUUCAUGUACAAAACAAAAUGUAAAGGGAAGUAGAAACACUAGUCCGACAAACUAAUUUAUUUUAAAUAACAACGAUUUUGUUCAACAUGAUAUUAAAGUGUGUUUAAAAUCCAGACAAGAUUGAAAAUAGUUUUCAGAAGAGAGUUUUCUUUCAAAUGUGACAAAGUAUAUUAGAACAGAAAAAAAAUUGAAUUGCAUAUAAAGUAAUGCGGAAUAAAAUAUGUGCAAGUAACGUACAACGAUGGGAAUAAUUUGUAUUAAUUUAUAAUAUUGUAAAACGAGUUAUAUGAGUGUGUUAAUGUAUGUUUAGUAAUAUUUUCGCGACUAAAUGUUAAUAUUGAAUAGACGGUAAUAUAUUAUGUACAUACAAUUCGCAUUGUGAGAAGAAAAAUUUUGUGAUUUUUAUUUGCCACUCUUACCUUUACCUCUAUCAAUUUGAUAAAGUAUUCGUUUGUUAAAUACUCAGUUCUAUUUCUAAUGAAAUUGUAUAAUAACACAAAUUAAUACGUUACUAAUAACAUUGUAAAGUUUGUAGUGAAGAAAAAAAUAAAGGUAUUUUUAUAAU